AUGUCUAGAUACAACAAACGUGAAAAUAAAAAGCCAAAAUCUACCUCUUACGAAACUCUUCGUCGUCUAAGAGAACAGGGUGGUUCCCGUUUAGACGAAUAUGAACUUAAAGAAGAAGUAUUGUAUGAUUUAGUUAGUGAGGCUGAAUAUCAAGCUCGACUUCAAAUUGAAAGAGAGGGAAAUGAUUUUAUUAUUGAUGAUGAUGGGAAUGCAUUUAUAGAUGAUGAAACAGAUGAGGAAACUGAUGAUUCCCAAUAUGAUGAUUCUCCUCAAACAGGGGAUAAAAAAACCGAGAAGAUUAAGCCAGUUAAUGCAUUUUUCCAGCGUGUAGCUGCUGUAACUGAGCAAAAAUCUACUGUGGUUGAAUCAAAUGAAAAGGAAUCAAAUUUUAUGUCAAAAUUGUUUGAAGAUUUGGAAAAUGAUAUGGAAGAUGUAGAUAUUGUUAAUGAACAUAAUAAUAUUAAUAAUAGUAUCAUUAAUGAACAUAAUAAUAUUAAUGAGCAUAAUAAUCUUAAUAGUAUUAGUGAGCAUGAUCCUUAUGAUAUCAAAGAUAUUGAAAAUUCUUAUAGUUUACAAUCUGAAAACAUUGAAAUAGAUAUGAAUGUUUCCAAUAAUAAUGAUUGUUUUCAAGAGACUGCCCAAAUAGCUAAUUGUCUCAAAAUUUUUUGGAUUGAUGCAUAUGAAGCAUCUGGUAAAGUGUAUAUAUUUGGAAAGAUAUUGGAUGCAAAAGUUAACGGAGUUAAUGAAUUUAAAAGUUGUUGUGUCUGUGUAAACAAUGUCGCAAGAAAUCUUUAUGUAUUACCUAGAUCAAGAAAAUAUGAUGAAAAAGGGCAUGAUACCGAUACUGAAGUUACUAUGGAGGAUGUCCAUAAAGAAAUUGAAUCUAUAUGUUUAAAACAUAAGAUAAUGUCUUUUACUUCAAAAACUGUAUCUAGAAAAUAUGCUUUUGAACUUCCAGGAAUUCCUUCAGAUUCAGAUUACCUCAAAGUAAAAUAUUCAUUUACUGAUCCAACACUUCCAAAUAAUCUAUCUGGGGCCACUUUUAGUCAUGUUUUUGGUACAAAUAAUUCAGCAUUGGAGUUGUUUCUUAUAAAACGUAAAAUAAAAGGACCAUGUUGGUUGGAAAUUAGAAAUGCAAUAGUGCAGAAAAAAAAUUUUUCUUGGUGUAAAGUUGAGCUUGAAGUUUAUAAUCCAAAAGACAUAAAUCCAUCUAAUGAUACAACAGCAACAUCACCAUCACCACCAUUAACAGUAAUGUCAUUGAUCUUACGUACUGUUAUGAAUUAUAAAAAAAAUGUCAAUGAAAUAGUUGCUUUUAGUUGUCGCGUCAUACCUGAAGCAAAUCCUGAAGCAUUUCAAUUUACAGCGAUCAGGCAAUUAAAUGAUAAAAAAUGGUGGCCGAUUGGAUUUGAAGAUUUAAUCAAUAAAAGUAAUGUAAAUUUGAGACUUGAAAAAAACGAAUAUGCUUUGCUGAACUAUUUAAUAGCAUUGAUUAAAAAACAUGAUCCUGAUAUUUUUGUUGGACAUAAUUUUAUGGGAUUUGAUCUUGAUAUAUUAUUACAUCGUAUAAAUACACUAAAAAUUAGAGAUUGGUCAUGUUUUGGGAGAUUACGUAGAACAAUUUGGCCAAAAAUGAAAUCUGGUACUGGUGGUAUUGGCGAAUCAACUUACGUAGAAAAAAUAAUUGUUAGUGGAAGAUUAUUGUGCGAUAUCUUUACAAAUGCAAAGGAUCUUGUUAAAUCAAAAGAUUAUUCAUUAACAGAACUUGCCAAAGCUCAUUUAAAUUAUAAUCGUAAAGACAUUCAACUUGAUAAAAUCGAAUCAUGUUUUGCAUCAUGCAAAGAUUUAUAUGAAUUGGUUUUGCAUUGUCAAUUUGAUUCAGUUCUUUCUGCUCGUUUAAUGUAUAAACUUCAAAUUUUACUUCUUACAAAACAACUUACUUCACUUGCUGGUAAUCUGUGGCCAAAAACUCUAACUGGUGGUAGAGCUGAACGUAAUGAAUAUUUGUUAUUACAUGAGUUCCACAGAUUAAAGUAUAUUUAUCCUGACAAAGAUUCCAAUAAGCAAUGUUCAUACAAUAAUAUUGUAGAACCAGAUGAUAAUGAUGAAAAAGUUGAAAUAAAAAAACCAGGUCAAAGAAAACCAGCUUAUUCUGGAGGUCUUGUUUUAGAACCAAAAAAAGGAUUUUAUGACAAAUACAUUGUUCUUUUAGAUUUCAACAGUUUAUAUCCUUCUAUUAUUCAAGAAUUUAAUAUUUGUUUUACAACAGUUGAUCGUACUAAUUUGGAAGGUGAAGAAGAACUUCCAAAUGUCCCAGACUCCACCUUAAAAGAAGGAAUCCUUCCCAAAUUGAUCAGAAUACUUGUUGACAGAAGAAAAUGUGUUAAAGGGCUUAUGACGAAGUCAAAGACAUCAGUUGAACAUGCUCAGCUUGAUAUUCGACAAAAAGCACUUAAACUUACUGCAAAUAGUAUGUAUGGCUGCUUGGGGUUUACAAAUUCAAGAUUUUAUGCAAAACCAUUGGCAGUUUUAAUCACUUCAAAAGGAAGAGAAAUCUUACAGGAUACUGUUGAUUUGGCAGAAAAAGAAUCAAUGGAGGUUAUUUAUGGUGACACAGAUUCAAUAAUGAUCAAUACAAACACAUCAGAAAUGCAAAAGGCAUUAGAAGUUGGAAAAUUUUUGAAAGAAAAAGUUAAUAAACGAUACAAAUUGCUUGAGAUAGAUAUUGAUGGAUUUUUUGAAAGGCUUUUAUUAUUAAAGAAAAAGAAAUAUGCAGCUGUUGUUGUAGAAAAGAAAAAUGGAACACUUGUUCGUCAUAAUGAGUUUAAAGGACUUGAUUUGGUGAGAAGGGAUUGGUGUGAAUUAGUUCAUGAUGCAUCAAACUAUGUCUUAAGUCAAAUACUUUCUAGUUCUGAUCAAGAUACAGUGCUUAAAAAUAUUCAUCAGUUCCUUACUCAAUUGGGAGAAAAUACACGUCAAGAAAAAUUUUCAUUGGAUAAAUAUAUAAUAAAAAAGAAUCUCACCAAAUCACCUGAAGCUUAUUCUGACAUUAAAAGUCAACCACAUGUAAAAGUUGCAUUAAGAAUGAAACAAAAAGGAGCUAGUGCACAUCAAGGAAAUACUAUUCCUUAUAUAAUAUGUAAAAAGGAUGGGGGAGAUAACUCUAAAAAUGAACAUGUUUCAGAAUGUGCUUUUCAUCCAGAUGAAAUUAUGUGGAUUUUUGAAAAAACAAACAGUUCAAGAAUUUCUGAUUGUUUAGGAAUUGAAUCAGCCAAGUUUAAUGAAUCAAGUAACAACAAUAAUAAUUCUACAACAUUUACUAAAACUAAAGAUCAAAUUGUUUUCAAAAAUGUUGAUCGAUUUUUGAUAAAAUGUUAUUAUUGUGAUAAUGAAGAUUAUUAUUUUGAAGGAAUAAAUACAAAUGAGGGACAUCAACAAAUAAAUGGUAAUAUUUUAUGUAGUAGUGCAGCAUGUAAUAAGGAAAUUCCAUUGCCAUCAGUAGCAACACAAUUGAUAAUUGCAUUUCGUAAACACAUAAGCCGAUAUUAUAAUGGAUGGAUAAUUUGUGAUGAACAAACUUGUAAAUAUCGAACAAAAAUGAUUAGAGCAAAUAGAAGUUGUAUUGAUAAUGAAUGUUAUGAAACAAUGUCAGAAGAGUAUAAUGAUACAAUGUUGUAUAAUCAACUACUAUAUUAUUCAUACUUAUUUGAUUAUGAGAAAUUGAAAAAUCUAAAUCCAUCUUUAAAUUUUGUAAAAUUAAUAAUUGACAGAAUACUAAAAGACGCAAGCCAAAGAUCCCAGAUAAGGACUUGA